AUGAAAUUUUUACUAUUUUUCAAGUUAUCCUUGUUAUACCAAAUUUCUGAAAAGAACGAACAAAACCCUAACGACGACGAUGAGGCCACUGCUCCAAGCCUCACUCCUCUAAAGCUUCCUUUUACUCAUUCCACAACGACGCCGUUUAACCGGAUUUCCUUCUCUCUCUCACCUUCCUUCCUUCCUUCCAGGUCUCUCUCUCUCUCUCUCUCUGGAAUUUACAGAGGCAUUGAUGAGUUUUUGGAAGGUCAGGUCUCAAUGUGUUACUGCCGAAACAGGGACCAAAGACAGGAAAGUGCCACGGUCGAUGGUGACCUCUCCGAGACUCUGUUUGGGAGGAAAAACGUUUUCCGGGAAACUGGUUUUCUUGGAUUCUCGAGAAAAUGGAAGAACAGUUCAGAGGAAAGUGUCAAUUUCCAAAUGGGUGGUUCCAGGUGGUCUGAUUGUGGAUGCGAGUCUUGUCUUUCACGGAUGAGUAAUGGUGGUGAUCAUAAUCUUCAUGUUCGCAUUAGACAGCCUUCUCAACAAGAAACCAUCGAUGAGAAAAGUUGUGAAAAGACAGUAGUUGAGAAUGUGAUAUUCUUGCAUGGCUUUCUUUCUUCUUCUUCACUAUGGACAGAAUCAGUGUUUCAAAAUCUAUCCAAACCAGUAGACCGUAGCUAUAGGCUCUUUGCUGUUGAUCUAUUGGGUUUUGGAAGGAGUCCAAAGCCAAGAGACUGUUUCUAUACUCUAAAAGAUCACUUGGAAAUGAUAGAGAAAUCAGUGAUCAGUCGAUUUCAGUUGGAUUCUUUCCACUUGGUUGCACACUCCAUGGGGUGCAACAUUGCAAUAGCACUGGCUGCAAAGCAUUCCAAGUCCAUAAAGUCAAUCACUCUUGUAGCUCCCUAAGUUUGGUUCUUGUCU